CUAUCAGAAACUAUGGAGAAUUCUUCUUCAAUUAAGAGAAUCAAUCGAAAGCAUUUAACAGAUGAUAUUUGGUAUGAAAUCUUUCUUCGACUUACUCUCGAUUCAAUCUUCAAAUUCAGGUGUGUUUCAAAGCUCUGGUUUUCAAUUCUCUCAAACCCUAGUUUUCUUAACAAAUGGUAUAAACUCAACAUUGCAUCACUCCCAUGGGGAUUUGUUCAUGAAGUUCCUUUACCUGAAGAUUCAUAUAACCGAAAAUUACGAUGUGAAUUUCCUGAUUUACAUUCACGAUAUGUAUCUCAUCAUGGGUUUUCUUUUAGAUUCUUACAUGAAGUAGUCGAUAACAAUAUGUGCAUUUUAAGUUCGAGUAAUGGUUUGGUUCUCUGCUCCUUAGUUCGUCAGGAGAGUUAUUAUGCAUGUAAUCCACUCACUCAGAAAUGUGUUUUGCUUCCUCCGCCACCUCGAAAUAAUAUUUAUCAGUUUCUGGCUGCCUCUAUGUAUAAUGAUCCAACACAUACUCGGGUUGUGACUGGUUUUAUGUGUAAUAGUGAAUGUUUUUUGGAACCUACGAGUUACAAGGGUGUUCGUAUACCGAAGUUUGAAGCUCCAACAAAAGAAUUUAAAGUUGAAAUGUUUUCUUCUGAUGUGGGUGAAUGGAAUGUUUACCAUGUUUCACGUCCUCUGACUGCUACUUGGAAACUCGGUAAUUCUGACAAUUUUGUUACGUAUAAUGGUGUUUUCUACUGGUUUCAAAAGCGAAACUACAAAAUUCUAGCUGUCAGUGUUAACCGGAACAACACCAACCAUGAAUGUAGGUUGAUCAAUAUGCCUGAGCUUGAAAUGAAUGGUGAUGAGAUCAACUGGUUGAGUGAAUCUCUUGGGGAGUCUGAAGGAUUGAUUUGUUUGGCUAGGUUCAAGAAAUUAGAGGAGAGAUUGAGUGUUUGGGUGCUUGAUGGAAAUCACUGGUAUAUGUUGCACGAUGAUAUUAUACUUCAUGAUCAGUUAGCAGAAUUGGAAUCUCAGUUGAUUGAUGGAUCAGGUUGGAAAGAUUUUAUUAAUGAUAUCGAGGUUGUAGGUUUCAGUCCAGUUGACAAAAAUGUGGUUAUACUUAGUUGCAGGAAGUAUGUUUGGGCAUAUAACACCAAAACCAGGGUAUUUGAACAGCUCUGUCAUCAUUCUUUCCCGCGUAGCCUUCGUCACUUUGAUCAUCAUGUGAGGGCCUUAGCAUUUUAUUUUUAAACCAAGGCCGACAAUACUUCCACCAAUUUCUUGAAUUGACACAUCAAUCUUGGAUGCUCAAAUACGAGAUAGAGAAGUAUGAUAACGAUUUUAUCAUGGUGAAACAUGUGAAAAUACAAAGAAAGAAAUCAAAUUUAGAAGACAAGUGAAUGGCAUUUGUUCAUAGAAAAGCAGAAUAAUUGAGAAGUGAAGCUUAAAUUCAACAUUUCCCAACAAGUUCAAAAAGCUUGUGAACAAGCACAAAAGAUGAUACUCAAGAACCAACAACUACAAAACUCUUGUUACUACUUCAUGUGGCUGUUUUACUUGCAAAAUCCAUCACUUCAAGAUACAAGAUAAAGAAAGAGUUUAUUUGUUGUUAGUACAAAGUGCAUAGAAU